AUGGAAACUGCCUUCUCAAAUUUAAAUGGGAAGAUAUGGUUGUUCUUCGACUCUGCGGUUGAAUGGGAGUUGGUUACAGAAACUGCUCAACAAGUGGUUGUAAGGAUGUUCCACCAUGAUCUUGGCCAGCACAUUUUGAUGACUUUAGUGUAUGCAAAAUGUUCAUCGGUGGAGAGAUUGGAAUUAUGGGAUAGCUUGUAUUACUUGGCAAAUGACAUGGAAUUACCUUGGUUAGUGGGAGGAAGCCCAUUUACAUGGUGGAAUGGGAGACCUAAUUCAGAGUACAUUUUUAAGAGAUUAGACAAGAUUUUUGUCAACUUACAAUUUCAACAACUAUUUCCAACAACUGAAGUGGAGCACUUGAUCAGGACAUGCUCAAAUCAUGCACCAUUGCUAAUGACUUGUGAGGAACAAACCACAAACUUUGUCAAGCCUUUCAAAUUCUUGAAUUUCUGGACAAAACAUGCUACAUUUAACGAGGUGGUGAGGCGGAAUUGGAAUGCUGAUUUCAUUGGAGAUCCAUUUCUAAUGUUCAAGCAUAAAUUGAAGAAGGUAAGGGCAACAUUAUCUAAAUGGAGCAGGGAUACAUUUAGAGAUAUUUUCAAACAACUGGCUAUACUGGAAGACAUUGUGAAGGUCAAAGAGAUGCUGUUUGAGGAGGAGCCAACAAUUGAGAAUAUAAUAGUCCUUCAAAAAGCUCAUGAAGAAAUGAAGAAAUACUUGAGUAUAGAGGAGCAAUACUGGAAACAAAAAGCUGGGAUGACAUGGUUUGCAAAGGGGGAUAGGAACACUAAUUUCUUUCACAACAAUGUCAAUGGCAAAAGAAAGAAGCUGCAAUUGAAAAGGAUCCAAAAUGGAGAUGGAAAUUGGUUGAAAGAUCAAGAACAAAUAGCCAAUGCUACAGUUGAAUUCUAUCAAAAGCAGUUCACUAAUGAAGGGAAUCCUACAGAUGUUUUCAUGCUGGAGAAUUUACCUACUAUGGUGACUUUGGAGCAAAACUUGGAGUUGUGUAGAUUUCCAACAAUAGAGGAAGUUAAGGCAAUAAUUUUUAAGCUAAGUGGAGAUAGUGCCAGUGGUCCUGAUGGAUUUACUGGACUAUUUUAUCAAGAAUGCUGGAAAGUAAUAUGCUAUGACAUAAAUGAUAUGAUACUAUAUUUCUAUGGUGGUGCACCUUUGCCCAAGUCUAUUACUCAUACUAAUUUGGUGUUGCUAUCAAAGAAGCCCAAGGUGCACACUUUCUUAGACUUAAGACCAAUAAGUCUGAGCAACUUUAUCAAUAAAGUGUUGUCUAGAGUUCUACAUGAUAAAUUGGAGCAGUUCCUGCCUUCUCUAAUAUAUCCUAAUCAAUCUGGAUUUGUGAAAGGGAGGAGCAUAUUUGAGAAUAUGCUACUCACUCAGGAAAUUGUCACUGACAUAAGAUUGAGAGGCAAACCUGCCAAUGUUAUCAUUAAGCUAGAUAUGGCAAAGGCAUAUGACAGGGUUUCAUGA